UGUUUAUCCAGGAAUCCUUUUCCUGUACAUUAUCAUUAAAUAAGUGAAAACAAUUUACCCGCGGAAUUAAUGAGUGAAUUUUCUACUAUAGAAUAUGUCAAUCAAAAAUCAUAAAUAUAACCAAAUAUUUUCUUAUUAGUAGUUGAUUUGGCAUUAGAAGAAGUUGAAUUAGAUGCAUUAAGGGAUUCCAUAUAAUAAUCAUUAAAUAUAAUCCCUCCAGAUUCGUAUGUAGGUUUAAUUACUUAUGGAAAGUUUGUUUUUGUACAUGAAUUAGGAUUUUCUGAAUGCCCGAAAUCUUACGCAUUUAAAGGUUCAAAAGAAUACAAUCCUAUUUAAGUCUAAGAAAUGUUAGGAUUAAUAGCAUAAGGACAAUAACCUAAAUAAGGAAUGAAUUUAGAUGUUAUAAAAAGAUUCCUUUUGCCAUUAAAUGAAUGCGAAUUUACAUUGAAUAGUAUUUUAGAUGAUUUAUAGCCUGACCCGUGGAUUGUACCUUAAGGCGAAAGAGAAUAAAGAGCAUCUGGAGUGGCUUUAAAUGUGGCUAUGAGUAUUAUAGAAGCUUGUCCUAUAUAAGGAAGUAGAUUAAUGUUUUUUACAGGAGGACCUUGUACAAUAGGUCCUGGGUAAAUUAUUGGAUUAAAAUUGGAAGAAAAUUUAAGAUCAUAUUAUGAUUUAAAUAAGGAAACUGAAAUGGCCAAACAUGUGAAAAAAACAACAAAAUAUUAUUAAGGAAUAGCUUAGAGGGCCAUAAAAAUUCUCGCUACUAUAGACAUUUAUGGUUUUUCAGCUGAUUAAUUCGGUUUAUUGGAAAUGAAGUCGAUAUCAGAAAAAACUGGAGGUUAUACUAUUGUAAAUGAAGAAUUCAAUUCUGAACCUUUUAGGGAAACUUUUAGGAAAAUAUUCGAAAAAAAUUAAUAAGAAGAACUCAGAUUUGCUUCAGCGGCUAAAAUAGAAAUGUUUGUAUGUAAAGAAUUAAAAAUUUAAGGAGGUAUAGGACCAUGUAGUUCAAUGAAAAAAGGAGGGCCGAUGGUUAGUGAGGUUCCUAUUGGAUAAGGAGGAACUAAUUAAUGGUAUGUAGGUGGUAUGGAUAGAAAUAGUACAAUUACAUUUUUGUUAGAUUUAGCUCCUUAAAAUAAAGAAUAAAAUAGUGCUAAACGCGCAUUUUUUUAAUUUUAGACUAUAUAUAAAUCACCUUCUGGAGAGACUAAAUUACGUGUAACAACUGUACAUAGAAAAUUCGGAGAUUAAAUAAAUUCUUAUGAUUGGACUUAAGGUUUUGAUUAAGAAGCAGCAUGUGUGAUGAUGGCUAGGCUUGCAAUUUAAAAGGCCGAAUAAGAAGAGCCUAUAGAAAUUUUGAAAUGGCUCGACAGAUCUUUAAUUAGAUUAGUGACUAAAUUCGCCGAAUAUAAGCCUAAUUAACCUGAUACAUUUAGAUUAAAUGAUAAUUUUUCUCUUUAUCCUUAAUUAAUGUAUCAUUUAAGAAGAAGUCACUUUACUUAAACCUUUGGUACUUCUCCAGAUAUUAUUUCCUAUUAUAGGGGUACUUUUAAUAGGGAAAAUGUUACUAAUUGUUUGGUUAUGAUUUAACCAGCUUUACUAAUGUAUACUUAUGAAAAUCCAACUCCUGUAGCAACUACUUUGGAAGAUACUUCUAUGAAAAAUAAUGUUAUUUUAUUAUUAGAUACUUACUUUUAAGUUAUUACUUGGUUAGGGCCUUAAAUUAAACUUUGGAAAGAUAAAUAAUAUCAUUUAGAUGAAUAAUAUGCUUAAUUUAAAACAAUGCUUGAGUCACCUAUGGAAGAUGUAAAAAUGAUACUUGAAGAUAGAUUCCCAACACCUAUAUUUUUCGAGACAUAUCCAAAUCAUACUAAAGAGAGGUAUUUAAAAGCUAGAAUAAAUCCUACUGGACUUAAUUAGGAUGUUAUUGAAGGCGGACAUACAUAAACUGAUGAUGCAUCUUUAACUUUGUUUAUGGACCAUUUAAUUAAACUUGCUGUAUAAUAGCAAAAUUAUUGAGUU